AUGGCUAUGAUGAGUGCUCCCAUAAUCCUCUUAAAAGAGGGUACGGAGGCAAAAUUUGGAAAGCAGCAGAUUCUUAGCAAUAUUAAUGCUUGCAGUGUUGUGGCUGAUAGCAUACGUACCACAUUAGGACCGCGUGGAAUGGAUAAAUUAAUAGUUGAUAGUAAAGGCAAAACGACUAUUUCAAAUGAUGGUGCUACUAUUUUAAAACUUUUGGAUAUAGUCUAUCCUGCCGCUCAAGUGAUGGUGGAUAUUGCGAAGAGUCAAGAUGCUGAAGUUGGUGACGGCACUACAUCGGUGGUUAUACUGGCAGCGGAACUGUUAAAGCGUUCGCGUCAGUUUGUUGAAGAUGGCGUGAGUCCGCAGCUGAUUAUCAGGGCGUAUAGGAAGGCAUCUGAAGAAGCUGUUAAACGUUUGAACGAGUUGUCUGUAAAGAUCUCGAGUGAGGCUGCAGCGCACGAUAUGCUUGUCCGGUGUGCUGCUACUACCCUUAGCAGUAAAUUGGUGAGUCAAGAAAGGCAGUUCUUUGCUGAAAUAGCAGUGGAUGCCGUUGGAUAUCUUGAUGAACGACUGUCAGUGGACAUGAUCGGUAUAAAGAAAAUUAGUGGAGGCUCCCUGACUGAUUCUGCAUUAAUAAAAGGAGUAGCCUUUAAAAAAGCAUUCAGUUAUGCUGGAUUUGAAAUGCAACCUAAAUAUUAUAAAAAUCCGUACAUUGCUCUCCUAAACGUUGAGUUGGAGUUGAAGGCUGAGAAGGACAACGCUGAGAUGAGAAUAAGCAAUGUUGAAGAGUUUCAAAAUAUCGUUAACGCUGAAUGGACUAUACUGUAUGAGAAGCUGAAGAAGAUUCAUGAAGCAGGCGCUAAAGUUGUUCUUUCUAAACUGCCAAUUGGUGAUGUUGCUACUCAGUGGUUUGCUGAUCGAGAUAUGUUCUGUGCCGGGCGAGUUGAACAAGGUGACAUGGAUCGCGUUAUGGCAGCCUGUGGAGGAUCCAUUUUGACGACUGUGACUCAGAUUGAUAAAACUGUUCUCGGCACAUGCAACGAGUUUUAUGAACAACAGGUUGGGAGUGAAAGGUUUAAUUUUUUCAUCGGCUGUUCUAAGGCGCAUGCUUGUACAGUAUUAUUGCGUGGUGGCGCUGAGCAGUUCAUCGCUGAAACGGAACGUUCUUUACAUGAUGCGAUAAUGAUUGUCAGAAGGGCCAAAAAGAACGAUUCAAUAGUAGCAGGUGGUGGAGCUAUUGAAAUGGAAUUAUCACACCAUUUGAGGGAGGUGUCAAAAACUAUAUCCGGUAGAGAACAAUUUUUCUGGCAAGCAUUUGCGCGUAUGUUUGAAAUUAUUCCUCAACAGCUUUGUUAUAAUGCUGGUAUUGACGCGACAGAUAUCUUGAAUAAACUGCGGUACAAACAUGCGAAGGGUGAACAGUGGUACGGAAUUGAUAUCCACGCUGAAUCUGUAAAAGACAACAUGGAGGCCUGUAUUUGGGAGCCCACAGCUGUAAAAAUGAAUGCUAUUGUCGCGGCUACUGAAGCAGCAUGCCUUAUCCUAAGCAUUGAUCAGACAGUGAAGAAUCCCCGCGCGCCAAGUGGUGGUUCUAUGCCGGGUUUACCUGGUGGUGGAGAUAUGUAA